CAAGGAGAAGUGCGCAUGAAAAAAAUUGGCAUCGCAUUUGCGACUCUUUCGGCAUAUUUUGACUCUGCAAUUGCACAUCCAUAUUAGAAAGCCGUAUCCAACUACAAACAAAUAGAUUUUUUUUCCUUCUUCUUUUCAGGUCUCUUUUACUUUAUCUAAACAAACCAUCAUGGCCUCAGCUUUUUCAUCCCAAUAUCUCAAAUUCCUACCCAGAAGGCUACCGCAAAAUGCCACCUUCUCACGGAGUUUCAUAUCAUCGCCGGCGCCAAACACUUUUACCUGGAGCCAAGCGACACAGCGCACCUCAGCAUUAGUGUCAAGGACGUCGCGCCAACAGCACCGCUCCUUCGUUAUCCCCCGACCGAGCAAGCCCUCCCAACCACAACAAUCAUCAUCGCAAACACCUUCCACCGCCACCACCACCGUCUCGGCUUCUGAUGCGAAAACCUCCUCAGCCGGAGCAGCGCCCGAACCCUUAGAGAAGCUGCGCGUCGAGACGCAGCCGCACUACAGUCUUCAUUUCACGUGCGUGCCGUGCGGACACCGCUCGGCGCACAAGAUAUCCAAGCAGGGCUAUCACCACGGCUCGGUCCUCAUCACCUGCAGCGAGUGCAAGAACCGCCACGUCAUCAGCGACCACCUCGGCAUCUUUGGCGACCGCAAGGUCACGGUCGAGGACCUGGCGCGCGAGCGCGGCCGCUCGUUCAAGAAGGGCGUGCUGGGCGAAAACGGCGACAUCGAGUACUGGGACGACGACGCCGUCCCUGGGGAGCCCACCCCGUUGGUGGAUGGGCAGAAAUAGAGCCGAGGGUUAUGAUUGGAUGAAGAGCUUUUGCUCUCUUGACCUCGGUGGGUAUUAAUGAUCAUGAAUUGUAACAUACUGUAUUAUAUCAGGUGUAUCUAAGAAUAAUAUACAUAGAAACUGGCCAUGAAAGGACCAGACCAAUGGGUGGAACACUGGAACAAGAGCAUGAUACUUUGGCGGUGCAUAACAGCAGCAGAAUCACAUUGAAUUACGCGAAAUGGUGUCUCGUCCGAGUCUGAUAUACUUUCAUGUCUAAUGAAUCAUUACGAACCGGC